AUGUCACACACCAAUCCCACACCCAUCCCCCCAACAACAAUACUCACAUCCCGCCCCAUCUCUCAAUCCGCCGCCCUCGACUUCCUAAAAGCCUACCUCGACCGCGCCGCCAAUGACCCAUCUCUCCAACCCAGUGCCAUGAUCACCGAACAUGGCCCAGCCUCACGCACAACAGCCGCCGCACCUAAUCUAACACUUCACAACCUCAAGCGCAUACAGGCCGGUCUUGCAGGCGAAAUCUUAGGUCGCGAUUUAUCAUUGACCACAGCCACCGAGGCGGCAGCGCGAACACCGAAGAAGUCAAAGGGAGAGAAGCAAGAAGGGCAAGAAGAGCAGUGGGAGAACAAAGAGAAAUGGGAAUUGGAGCAAGGACAGGGUCUUGGUUGUGAUGAGGAUGGGAUUGAGUUGCUUAAUACUACGACUGGGGAGGAGAUUGAGGUGGAUGAGGAUGGAAUGCCGAUUACGCGUGUGAUUGAUAAAGCGGAGCGGAAACGUAGGAAGAAGGAGAGGAAGCAAGCUGAGAAGAAGGCUAGAGCACAGCUGGCGAGGGAGGCUGGGGAGGAGGAGAUGGAGAUGAGUGAAUAG